UUUUAUUAUUCGAAAUUAACAAAUUAAUUAUUUAUACAUUUAUUACAAGUGUUACAUUAUCAUCAUGAUUGCAUACGGAUUAAUAUACGGCCUCGUGAUAAUUGGAAACAGCAUACUGUCAUCGGCAACAAUACUGUCCCCCAUGAAAGGGGGAGAUCCCUCGUCUCUGCAUCUUUACAAAACAAACUUACGGCCACUAAAUGAGCUGGAUUACAUACUGAAGCGUAGUGCGGGGGCGGUGACCAACGUUGACGAGAGUCCAGAUUCAAAAGAACGACGGAGUCAAAUGGGAUCAUCAUUUAUACGAUUCGGGCGUAACCAUAUGACCGGUACCGGAGAAAAUAUCGAGUACUCAUUGAACGGUCUCAGUGACGUCGACUCUUCAUCUCGGAUUCCUCGCGGCCGUUCUGACGUCAUCAUACGUUUCGGUAGAUCUGGCUCCGGUAAAAUCGACUCAAUGAUCCUGCGUAACAACAAAUUACUCAAAGUCAUACCGAUUGAUAUCGAACAGUUGGGUAUCGUUUGCUCAGAUAUUUUGGCUGCUGAUAAUUCUUCUGCUGAACUUGCGCGCCUCUGCAAUUCCUUUAUGUCCAAUGAUGAAAAAAAUGAAUAAUUAUUUUUUAUUUUUAUUUUUUAAUGACUUUUUUUCUUAAGUUGAACUUUAUUUUACUGGAAUAAGUAGAGUAUUAAAUGUAUUAUUCUGUUGUUACUUGAGGAUUCAUUACUCGAUUAAAGCUGCUCAGCUGUUCGAUAUUCAAGGCUAAUCGUUAUAUUGUUCGUUACG